AUAGUUGGCAAGAUUGACCGUGUCGACAGAGGAGCACUCAGCGCAGUGGGCGCAGUGGCAGUGUUCGCGCGGUAAUUUGCGCGGGUGGACGUACGGUCAUGCGAGAAUCGGUUGGCAGGAUGGCCGAACUACAGUUCGAGGCGCCGCUCGCCCAAGUCGAAGAGGCGGACGACUGUCUUUCCUCAACAGACUAUCCGCAGAAGACCAUAAACGGCAACGACAUACGCCUCAACAACUUGAACAAUCUCAAAAGUGAUAUGGUAAAAAUGAAAACCGACUCCAAUAAAAUCAACGAUAAUGAUGAACUGAAACCGGUGAAGUGUAAACAGGACAAUAUUCAGAACUGUGAGGGAGACAAUUUCACGGAGACUUUCUCCGGAUCUCUCGAGGAUCUGGUGAACACUUUCGACGAGAAGAUCACCAAGUGCUUUGGGAAUUACGAAGAAAGCGUGGAGAAGCUGGCUCCGGUGCAGGUUCGCUCGCAGGAGGAAAUCAUGAACGAGUGCCAAAUGUGGUGGACCAUCACAGGAAACUUCGGGAACAUUCUGCCAAUCGACUGGACCAAGUCCUUCUCGCGGAAGAUGCACAUCCCGACAUUGAAUCUCAGUGACAAAAAGCUGCGGUGCCGCUGCGUGGAGCGAGGCGCGCGGAUACUCGGUGCAAUGACUCCAGACGACGAGAUCCACAGCUCUGAAGAUGAAGCGGUGGCAUCUGAUCUGGACAUGCAUGCCUUGAUACUGGGCGGACUACAUCAGGACCACGAGUGUCCUGUCAAAACAGCAGAUGAGGUAAUACAAGAGAUAGACGACAUGAUGCAAGAGACGCCGUCAUCGGAAGGGGAUCUGAUCGAGUAUAACGAAGCCCUCGAGAAAGGCAAAGAAGUUCUCAGCUCGCCCUUGUAUGAAGACAAACUACGCCAACUAUCGCUAGCUCAGUUGAACGAGAUAUUCCUGGAACUAGAAGUUCUGAUCCGAGAGUUCUCGGAGACACUGAUCGCUGAGUUGGCUCUCCGAGAUGAGCUGGAGUACGAGAAGGAGCUAAAGAACACGUUCAUUUCACUGCUGCUGGCCGUGCAGAACAAGCGGCGGCAGUACAACAAUGAGAAGAAGAAGCGGCCUGGCACGCCGCGGUCGCCAGGCUUGAAUACCAGUUACUCCGAACCUAAGUAUCUCACCACGGUGAUACCAUUCCACAUGGAGCAUGGCCCGCCCGCCAACCAGUCUCUACAAGUGCUCAUAAAAAUUCUAAAAGCAAUAAAUGAAGACAGCCCUACAGUGCCGACGCUGUUAACGGACUACAUCCUCAAAGUCUUGGUUCCGACAUAAAAUAAUAAUUUAACUUAGCUAAUUUAAUAUUGCUUUUUUUCAAACAAACUAGCUAUAUUUUUGCUCAACAGUCGAAAGUGGUUUAAAUUAAGGCAUGAUAAAUGCUUCGACGAUUGAGUAGGAUCCUCACACUGAAUAUGUGGGUAGCUACUGUGGGUAACAACAAAAACACGUUUAACUUAUAUUAUCAUUGAAAACUCGAUUUUACAACCAAUGAAAGGCAAAAAUGUAGUUGUUUGGUCAAACUUAAUAAUCAAUAUUAUGAUUUAUUAUGAAUAUAAAUCAAACAAAUACUUGAUGCCAGCACAUUCUUAUUUCAUAUCAAAACAAGAAUAAUAUAUAUUCAGUCGCUGCUAAUACUAUGUGCGAAAGCAAAAAAAUAGCACGUAUUUUUAAAUAGAUAAAUUAUAGUUUCUUACUGAAUCUGUUUUGAAAUUUGAAAAAGGAAUAAUUGUAACAUAAAAAUGUAUAAGUUAUGCUCGCACUUGCAACUGUGUUGCCUUGCUCUCGGUGUUGCCAUGUGUGUUAUAGAAUUAUAUUUUUUAAAAUUUGUUCGUAAUUAAUGUAUUUUAAGUGAAUAUUGCCAUAAAGCGUAUUUUCAUAAUUCAAAUAUUAUUUUUUGGCAUAUUUGUUUUAUAAUACUUUUUGCAUAAAUGAACUGUGAUAUCGUAUUAUGGUAGUUUGUUAAUUAUUGCUUCCUUUUAAGAUUUAAUUAUUCUGUGCUGUUUUAAUUAAUAAUCGACAUUAUCAAUUAAUUAAUUAAUUAAUUAAUAUAUUUAUUCAAGAAAUUGAUUACAUUAAUGAUUAUUGGUUAAAUCGAUUUUAUCGUGUAAAUAUCAAACAAAAACAACCGGAAUUGUCGUCUCAAAAUAAAUAUUCAAUAAAUUAAGUUAAUGUAAGUAAAAAGUGCUGGAGAGGCUUGUAAAUAUUAACCAUCAGCAUUAUCUAAUUAAAUUAUCUAAGUUUUAUUGUACUAUUUUGUCGUAAAAAGCUUUCAAUAUUGGAAGUUCUAUACACUCUUAAACUAGAAAGAAAAAUAGAGAUCUCAAAAUGAUUUCAACAUUCGACAAUAUUUUUUUUUUUAACUUCAGACAUGGUUUUUCAUGAACCGUAAUUCUGCCUUAACUGAAAAUUCAAGGUGCUCUGCAUUUUAAUCUACGAAUCUGUAUCUGUACGAAACUGCUGAAAAUUUUGAUAAAAUUAAUUAAAAACUAUUAUUCGAUUUUGGAUUUAAAACUAAUACGACUAAUUUCAAGAUUAACAAAAAUAUUUUUUUGCAUAAAUAUGACAUCAAAUUAUCAUAAAUUAUAUUCUUACUUCUUAUAGUCAUUUUUUGUUUUAUUUCAUCGAAUUAUUUUUACUUAGUCUGUAUAAUGAAGUAGCUAGGUCACGUAGUGCGAUAAAUUCACUUAACUGUUAUUUUUGUCUGUACAAUAAUUAUUACUGAUUCCACUAAUUGCCAGCACUAUACAAUAUACAUAAUAGGUAGUCUUAUGUCAUAAAAUUGUUAAAUAUAAGUUUAAUUUCUAGUCUCAAUGUUUUGUAGUCAUAAUAUUUUGUUAAUUUUAAAACAUGUCAUUUUAAAAAUAAGUAAGUAAACCCUAUAGGUAUUUUAUAAAAAAAUAUCAAACAUAAGAUUAAAGAAAACUCAUGUGAAAAAUAUUAUGCUUUAAAUAACAAAAAAAUACUCAAAAAUGUAUUUACUAAACAAUAAAAGUAAAUAAAACUAGCCUGUAUUUACUUACUAUUGCAAUUGAUGUUUUUUUUUUUCAAAGAAAUAGUUAUCAUCUUUUAUGUAAUAAUUUCACCAGAGUUUUUAAUAAUCUCUUGAAAAAUUCAAAAAAUAUUUGCAUAAGAUUAAAUAUAAAAUUGCAUGUACUUGUAAAGUUGUUGUUGUAAUUUGAAAACUGUUUGGGUAUUUACAAAAUUUAUAUUUUGUUUCGCAAAGAAUACCGUUGAUGCUUACGUCGCACACUUUUAAAUUUUUUCGUGUAGCAACACCAAUUUGUUGUAUUGUAAUUCCGUAGAAAAUGAAUGAGGGUAUGAAUGAGGAUAGGUACCUACGAGUACUGAAUGACAACAGUGUUUAACAAUAAUAACAAUUGAUAUAUUAUGUUUUGCGAACAAUUGUGCAUACAUUAUUUUUAUAUUCUUUUGCGGUUGAACGAUAUAUUUAUGUAUUGAUAAAAAAUAACUUAGGUUAUUUAAGCAUUUACAAUUUUUUUAUUGCUAGGUAUGCAAAUUACGAAGUAAUAAUAAAUACUUUAAAAAUGUAGAUAGGAAUACCUAUUGCUUUAUUUAAUUUUCCGUACCAGAAUGGUAAAUAAGGAAACCUAAUGGUGCUACUUUUUUCGUCUUUCCAUCCUUCGGUUUUGCUUAUUUCAGUUACUAGGUACCUACUGAUGAGGUUGGUUUAUUAUAAAUAUGAUAUAUGUUAUUUAAAAAAAUAUAUAAUCGCAAAAGGGGUCGAAAUGGCGGUCGAUAUUUUUAAUGUGGGUAACUUAUAUUCUAAGUAGAAUAUCAUAUUAGGAAAGCUUUUUAAAGUUCAAAAAUUACCUAUUUAUAUUUAUUUUUGAAUUUCAGUUUUUGACUUACGACAGAUAAAGUUAAUUUAAAAUUUUCCUUUAUCUAGGAAGUGUGCAAAACGAAAAAUCUGAUAAAUGAUAAAAGUUUAUGUAAAUAAUAUGGGAAUAAUAAAACCGAGUUUGUAACUAACAUGGGAUGGGAAACCAUCGAUAAACUUUUACAAACAAAGUUAUGCGGACCAUGGGUUUAAAAGAGAUUUUUUUCUUGAAGCGGUAGAAAUAACUAUUUAUUUUCAAAGUAUGGAAACCGCGGUGGACGAGUCUGACUCGCAUUUGGUCAGUUUUUAGAUUACUUUUCCUUUUAAAAUAUAAUAAUAUAUAAUUAUGUCGUGCGACCGUAGGAUAAAAAAAUAAAUGUAUGAAUAUCAACGUUUGACGAAACUUUUAUCAGUGAACACAGUGCAUGGGCUGUUGUUAUAUGAAUCAAGGUGGAAACAUACUUAACAACCAACACGUGUUAGUUUGAUGAAAUAGUACCUACGUAGUAUUUAUUACAGAAUAUUACUCCUUAUAGGUCUAUAGACCCAUACCAUAUUACUUUGACUGUUUCUACUGGGGCUUUGCAAAAAAAAAAUACUAUCGUUUUUUAAGUAUGUUUCUGACUAGUACUACAAUUUUAACAAUACAGUACCACCAAUUUAUCUGUCUACUGAAGGACUAAAUAACAGCAUACCAUUUCGAUUAUUUUAGAAAUUUAAUAAAUUAUUUAUUUAAAUUAUUUAAUAAAAACUACGCGAUUAAAAUCCUAAAUCCUAAUACCAGGUCGGCUCAGUUGAGGUGAUGGAACUGUGGAAUACAUGACUCAUAAUAUACUUAGACUUUUCUUUGUCGUAGUUGACUCGGUCAAGUCAUAGAAAAAACUUUUACAUACAAAUAUAAUCAAAUAUUAAUUAUUUUGUUAUUGAGUCAGUAUAAAUUAAUGGAAUGCUUUUUUUGUUAGGAAUGUGGGAAUUUAAAUUUAUUAAAACUGACAACACUAACUUUAAGCGGAGUCAAAUGACGCUCUAAAAUAGCUGCUGUAUUAGUUCCUCUUUUUGCCACUUUACAGAUAAGUUGAUGGCGCUGCAUUAAAAUGACAUUCAUAUCAUUCGUAGAUCGAAAAGUUCGAAAACAUGCUAUGUAAAGUAACUGAAGAACGUAACAACCAAUUUACACUAUGCAGUGAAUAAGAAUGGAUGCGUGGUACCUGGUUGAAAUAAAGGAGCUUGAAAUAAGUC